AAAAAAGAAGAGAAAACAAAAAGAUAUUUAAAAAAAAGAAUUUUUAGAAAGUUUUAAAAGUAGAAAGAAAGAGAGAAAGAAAAAUAAUGAAGUAAAAAAUUGUUUCCUUUUAUAUAAGGAUUUUAUUGUUUUUUGUCAGCUUAAGUUGCUAUACUUAUUAAUUAACAAUCUAACUAUAAAUGACAGAUCAGUUAGAUGGGAUGUUUUUAUAAUUUCAACAAAAAGUUGUCUUUUUAUCAAGUAGUCCUUAUACUCCAUCAGAUUAUAAUUGUUAACUUUUAGCGAUAUAUGAUUUGACUAAUUGUUAUCUAAGUAGCGAUUCAACCAGAUUUUACUUGAAUCUAUAUUCAAACACUACUCUCUAAAAAAAUUUGUACAAAAACUUUCAUUCUUUACCAUUUUAUUACCUAGAUUAAUAAUUUUAAAAUCUAUAAUUUAAUGGUGCUUUAGGCUUACCUCAGAAUAUGAUACCUCCAAGCGUAAUUUUGAGUUAUCAAUAACCAUAUGUUAAUAUAUGUGAAGACACCCAAAUUAAAAUAAUUUCAGAGUUGGUGAAUGGAAAUAAUAAUCUCACCUAUAAGAAAUGGAAUCUUGAAUCUAUGAAUCCCUCUAACUCUGCUAAUGCUGUUGCUCUGACAUAAAUUCUAGCUAAUUUUGAGAGUAAGAACUACCUCACACUGCCUCAAUAAAGCUUAAAUGAAAACACUAAUUACUAAUUUAGUGUUGAGGUGGUAAAUUUCAUAGGAACUUCAAACAAAGUUCUUUUCAAUUUGAAAACUCUUAGUAAAAAUACUCCCUUUAUAAAAGUCAUUUCGCCUAGUUAAUUUAACAACAUAGACUUUAGAAAUGACUUUUAAUUACAAAUAUCGUACAAUACAACUGUGUGUGGAAGCAGUAGCAAUCCAGCUUAGUAAAAUAAAAUUACUGUAUCACUACAAGAUGGAUCGAAUUAAUUAUACUCUUUAGGGGUUAUGACGGGCACAGGUUCAUAAAUAUUUAAUUUGACAAUACCCUCAUAGUUUUUACAAUCAGCAAAAUCAUAUAUUAUAGCAAUAUAGUUGGACAUUUAGGCACAAUCUUCUACAUAUUAAUAAAGUAUAUCUAUCACAACAAUGAAUCCAAUAAUUACUUCUAGUUCCCAAAACCCAAUAACUGAUUUCAUAUAAGACAAUGGCUAACCAAUAUUGCUAAAUAUGGAUUACAGUUAUAUAGAUACAUUAAAAGUUGAUAAAGCUUAAUUUAGCACUCAGUGGAAUUGCAUAGAUUUAUCUUUGCUCAGUAAUAGCUGCACAAAAUUAUUUAAUCCCUCUUUAAAUCAAAAUAUUUAAGGUAUGCUAUCAAAUAGAAUGUACUAAAUUACUUUCUCUAUUGCUUUCGGAAAUUAAAUUUCAUACAGCACAUUUAAUAUAGUUCUAGCAGAUUUGAGUAAUACAGAUAAAAAUAAAAUUUACUAAUUUUAUAAUAAUAUUCAAUCUUAUGAUAGGUCAGCUUCUAAUGCUCCAAAUCCUCCAAAUUUUAAUUUUAUUUUGUAAAUUUCUCCUUCAUUUAAAGGCAAAACACUAAUAAGAUAAAACAUUUACUAGCCUUUUAACUUGGCUAUUUAUAUGAUUAAUUUUGAAGUACUAAAGGUUGAUAUACCAGAUACUAAUGAUAUAAUCUUUUAAUUAUAAGAUUUAGUUAAUUUGAAACAAUAAUUGUCAUCAUAAUAUAAUUUAUUAUCAAUAGCUUUAUUUAAUCGAAAAAUUCUUCACACAUUAUUUGACUAUUCUUUUGAAAAUGUUGAUUGCUAAUUUACUCUAAGUUCUAGUUAUGUGGAAGCUUUUACUGACAUAACAAAAUUAUCUUUAAAAAAUUGCUAAAAAAGUUAUAAUGUUUUUAUAUAUUCAGACUAUUAAAAAUUAUAAAAGGAUAUUUCAUAGUAAUCAAUAGCUAAUGGGUAUCUAGUAUACUAAUAUUUAUAAGGUAUCUAAUCUAUAAAUUUAGCAUUUUCGAAUAAUGCUAAUAAAUAAAACUAUAAUUAGUUUUAUAUAUUGGGUAUAUCUUCUGAUCUAAAUUAUCAAAUGGUUUCCACUGUUAAUGUCAUUGAAAAUACUAAAAUAAUGAACCUUAAUUCUCUUAAAUAAAUUGCUUAUAAUUUAAUCUAAAAUAAUAACUAAAUAUCUAUUAAUAAUUUUUAAAAUAAUAGAGCAGAUUAUAUAAACUAUUUAAUUGUUUAGUAAUUAGAGUAUCUUGAUUAAAAGAGUUGUAGCUAAUCAUGCUCUAUAAAUGGAUCAUGCUAGCUGUAAAAUAUAUUACCAUUUAAUCAAACAUAGAGCAUUUAAUGCUAGUGCCAAUAAAAUUAUUUUUUUUAUGAUUGUACAGCUUCAUAAUCUGAUAUGAAUAGCUUUUUGAAUUUUUUUCGUGAAAAUCAGAUAUCCAAGAUUUAAUAUGAUGUACAAAUACUAAAGCUUUUGGCUUAAGUUUAGUCUAAUAUUUAUUUAUACUUUUUUAGUUAAUAGUAAAUAAGCAUUUAGUACAUUUAUCCUUCUUUUGUUUUCUAAUAAUUUUAUGAUUUAUCAAUCUUUUCGCCUGAUUUUGGAUGUUAAGAUCUUAUAGACUAAACUUAUGAUUUCCUAGAUCAGUACAUUUCAUAUUCUAAUAUAUAUCAAAAUAAUCCAAAUUUCGAUUAAAAAUUAGUUAAAGCUACAUAUGGGGUUUCUAUACCUUGUUAAUUUGUUACUGGAAGUCCGGCUUAUUAUUUUACAAAAAAUAAUUUUUGUGGGAUGGCUAAGUAGGUACCUUAUCCAAUUUAUUACUUGUCUUAAAUGUUUAGCACAAAUUAGAUAAUUGUAAAUUAAAUAUGUGAUACUGGUCAAUUGCAAAGUCCAUCUUUUAAGGAUAUUAGCAUUCCUUACUAUCCAGGAUAACAUAUGUAUUAAUAUAAUCAAACUCCUUGCCUAAAGCUUAAAUUUUUGAAGUAAGCAUUCGCAAAUUAUUAUUAAGACUAAAUUAAACCUGGCUUUAGUUUCUCAAUAGAUUAAUCUGAUUAAAAUCCUUAUAACUUUACUCUAUAUUUUGAUAUUCCUACAUUUUAUAAACAAAAUAAAUAGCUCUCUUAAAAUUUAAAUUUUAAAUUUUAAAAACUUAUUUGUAUCUUUAACAACCAAGAUUAGAAUUGGGAAAUGUGUAUUGAAAAUUAAAUUGUAAUUCAAGGAAAUUCCUCUCUGCUGAAGUGUAUUUGUGCAUCACCAAAAGUUUUUUAUUAGCUUUAUACUAAUGAUUAUACUGUUGUAUUUAUUGAUGAUCACAACUAUGAAUUUAUUUUUGCUAACGAAAUAUUUUCUUACUAAUAAAUUGCUAUUAUUGGUUACUUAGGAUUGAUGCUGACUGUAUAAAUAAUAUUUUCUGUAAUUGGUUUAAAUCAAGAUAAAAAGAAAAAGGUUUAAAUCGGAGUAUUUCCAAUCAGAAGAUAAUCAACUAUAGUUGAUAUAAAUCAAAUAGAUUUGAAUUAAGAUAUAAAUUAGGAUAAGAAAUUAGAUAGAAGGUCUUCAAUAUUGUUAGAGAUUAACAAUGAAGAAAUUGCCAACUCUAAAAAUUCCAAUUUUUGCUCGACUCUUAUUAAAGCUCACUCUGUUGGUAAAAUCUACUUCAAUUAUUCAUUGAAUUUUCCAAGAUUUUAAAGAUAUUUGACUCAAUUUUUUAUUUAUUUGUCAUUGCCUGCUGUUGGUGGUCUAUAUGCUAAAUAUCAACUUGACACUCUGAUUUAUUUUAAUCUUGCUUACUUUUGCAUUUGCAUGUCACCUUUUGGAUUGAGGCUUGGGAUGAGUAUCUUUGAUUUAAUAUAUUACAAUAUUAAUAAAUGUAUAAAGAUAAAGAUAAUUAAUUAUCCCCUAAUAUUGAUAAUGAAUAUCUUAUUUAUUGGAUUCUAUGGAUUUUUGGGUUAUAUUUAUUACAGACUUUGGACUGAUUCUAAUUCUAAAUAUUUAUAAAAUUGGCUUAUUUUCUCCAUAAUUAUGCUUAUUUUUCAUGCUAUUAUUUUCGAAUUUCUAUACAUGACUAUAUCUAUUUAUUAUGUGCGUUCCGAAUUUCAAAAGAAACUACAAAAAAUAAGAAAGCUUUAACUUAAAAAAUAAGUAAAUUAUACUUAAAAAGAAUCAAAUGAUCAAAUAAACCUUCCAUACAAUAAAUUACCAUCAAAUGAUCCAGGAAAUUUUCUAACUUUAGAAACUCAUGAAAACCAGCUUACACAUUUAAAUAGAUAAUCUUAAUUAGUUUUAUUGACAAAGACAACUCUAUUAGACAAAAUGCAAAUUGAAUAAAUAGAUGGGGACUUAAAUAUUCAAGGAAAAAAUUAGGUGAUUUAGCUACAGCCAACAAAAUCUCAAAUUAUUUUAAAAUAAAAGACUUUACAAAAACUAUGAAUUUUAUUUAUAAUAAAUAAAUUGACUAUCUAUUUAGCAAAAAUUUAUGUUUUUUUGUAAAAAAAAAAUAUUGAAAAUUUUGAAUUUAAAAAGUAUG